AUGGCGGAUCCGUCUGACCUGAACCUGGACGCGCCCAGUGACCUCCAGGACAUUCCUGACUUGGCCAUGCAAUUGAUCCCCCCACCCGAGGGCACGUAUCCAGAUAAGGCCUCUCUCCUCACGGCGGUGCAAAAUCAUGGCAAAGCCCACGGCUACAACGUGGUCGUCAAAUCAUCGAGCACACCCACAGAGAAAAAACCCGGUCGAACGGCAAAAGUGUGGUUGCGAUGCGACCGUGGUGGGCACUAUCGGCCUCGAAACGGUCUGACCGAGGAAACGCGCAAACGCCGCCGAACGUCUCGCUUGAUGGACUGUCCCUUUAUGCUCGUCGCGGCCGGCUCGCCAGGAAUUUGGACAUUGACGGUUCUGAAUCCCACCCAUAAUCACGGACCGAUCGCGGAAAAGCCUCGCCAGCCUCCUCACCACAAGGUGCGAAAAGGCCAGCUGCCUGCAACACCUUACGACUGGCCACACGAUUGUACCUUCACCCCCUACACCACCGCACUCGUGAUCAUAGACAUGCAGAAAGACUUCUGUGCUGUUGGUGGAUACAUGCACUACCAGGGCUACGACAUCUCUGCCGCCCAGGCACUGAUUCCCAGGCUGCAACGACUUCUACAGAUAUUCCGGUCUGCCGGUUUCCCAGUCUAUCACACUCGUGAAGGUCAUCGGCCAGAUUUGUCCACGCUAUCUAGUCGAGAGGCGUAUCGCUCCCGCAAUAAUGCCACUGGUCUUGGGAUUGGAUCUCAAGGCCCCAUGGGCCGCCUGCUCAUCCGUGGCGAGAUGGGUCACGAUAUUGUUGAUGAACUACGACCCCUCCCUGAUGAACCUGUUGUUGACAAGCCAGGACGCGGGGCUUUCGCAUACACUGACUUUGAACUGCUCCUUCGGAAUAAAAACAUCAAAAACCUCGUAAUAGCUGGCGUCACGACGGAUGUGUGCGUUUCCACCACCAUGCGGGAGGCAAACGACCGUGGGUUUGAUUGCCUGCUACUGGAUGACGGUGCAGCUGCAGCCGAGGCUUCUCUGCACACCUCGACGGUCGAGUCGGUCAAAAUGGAAGGCGGCAUCUUCGGAGCUGUGGGUAGACUCGAGGAUGUGAUACAAGCCGUGGAGAAUUUUAAGCUGGCGACAUCGAAGAAGCAAGGGUCGCAAGGGUCACAGGUCACAGGUUGA